UCCGUUGAGAAAGUAUUCUCGAGCAAGGAGGUGCCUCCAUGGCAAAAGCAGCUGACGUUGAGGGCCUUUGUGGUGAGCUUCGUGUUAGGGGUUCUCUUCACCUUCAUCGUGAUGAAGCUCAACCUGACCACUGGGAUUAUACCAUCCCUCAACGUGUCUGCGGGGCUGCUGGGCUUCUUCUUCGUCAAGACUUGGACCAAGUUGCUAGAGAAGUCCGGGAUGCUGAGGCAGCCUUUCACCAGGCAAGAGAACACCGUUAUACAGACCUGCGUUGUUGCCUCCUCCGGCAUUGCUUUCAGCGGUGGCUUUGGCAAUUACCUCUUUGGAAUGAGUGAAGUUGUUGCCAAACAAUCUACAGAGGCUAACAAUGCACAAAAUAUUAAGAAUCCAACUUUGGGAUGGAUGAUUGGGUUUCUUUUUGUUGUUAGCUUUCUCGGUCUGUUUUCCGUGGUGCCUCUUCGAAAGAUUAUGAUUAUAGACUUCAAGUUGAUAUAUCCAAGUGGUACCGCAACUGCCCACCUUAUCAACAGCUUCCAUACUCCACAGGGUGCCAAGCUAGCAAAGAAACAAGUGAGAGCAUUGGGGAAGUUCUUCUCCUUUAGC